CAAGUUUUUGCUACUAUGCGACUUCAAACAGAGAUAAGAACAUCUGCUGCUAUCAGUCGCACGUCGAUUCCGUUCCCUGAUGGACUACUUCGUUGUGCUUUCAGAGCCGUCACCAAUAUGCUCGUUAAUGGUGAACACGGGACGUUCCAGCCAAUCAAUCAGUUCAAUGAGGUUAGCUGGAACUCGUACCCAAGACUAGAGUCGCAGUGGCCAAUUCAAAAUGUGUGUUCCAGUGUUCAAAAUCAGAAUUUUGUCGAACCUCAAGUGCAGUGUUAUAACUAUGUGAAUCAAGUGCCCCAGUUCUACCCUCAGGAGUAUAGGCCUCCUCUGGUUAGAUACAUUCAGCCCCCUCAACCUUUGAUUCCUGAUCUGCCUUGUCAUCAAGUUCAACAAUGGAACUACAAUACCAUGUGCUUCGAUGUAAACGGGCAGCCAUGCCAGUAUACGGGAAUGGUCGAUUUGGAAGACUUUAUGAACAACGAGAAGAGAAAGGAGAAAUCCCGCGUUGCAGCGAGAUGUCGCCGCACGAAGGAGAUGCAGAUAUUCACAGAGCUUACAGCGGCCCUUCCCGCCAAGAAGGAGGAGGUGGAACAACUGGACAAGGCCUCCGUGAUGCGUCUAGCGAUAUCUUAUCUGCGCGUGCGCGACGUCGUCUCUAUGCUGCCCGGUGACAACACAGAGCAGUCCAAACUUGAGAACCCCAAAGGUCUGGAGGAGGUUUCAUCCGAGCUGUCGUACAUGAAGGCUCUCGACGGAUUCGUGCUGGUGCUGUCACAACAAGGGGACAUUGUAUACUGCAGCGAGAACAUUUCUGAUCAUCUUGGAGUGUCACAGAUGGAAAUUAUGGGCCAGAGCGUGUUCGAAUUUAGCCACCCGUGCGAUCACGAUGAGAUCAGGGAAGCAUUACGUUCGAACGGAACAGGACGUAGGGACUUGCUCCUACGUCUUAAAUGCACUCUCACCAGCAAAGGAAGAAACGUUCACUUAAAAUCAGCUUCGUAUAAGGUGGUCCACAUUACUGGCCACAUGUUAACUCCUGAAGAUAAAAAAGAAAACUCAGAGAAGGAAGAUAAGAAUUCCGAAUUCAAACCGCUGAAGUGCGGUUCGCUCAUCGCAGUGGGCCGGCCGAUACCCCAUCCUUCAAACAUCGAGAUACCGUUGGAUAACAAGACCUUCUUGUCCAAGCAUAGUUUAGAUAUGAAGAUAACUUAUACUGAUGAAGCUCUGUUGAACACCUUAGGAUUCGAACCCGACGAAAUGGUCGGCCGUUCCUUGUACGACUUCCACCACGCCGCAGACAGUGCCUCUCUUUCUCAACACUUCAAGUCAUUAUUCUCAAAGGGACAAUGCGAAACCGGCCAGUACCGCUUUCUGGCAAAGAAGGGUGGUUACGCCUGGGUUCAAACCCAGGCCACACUGAUCACCGACAAGCAACAGAAACCCAUCAGCGUCGUCUGCGUCAACUACGUCAUAAGCGGUAUCGAGUGCAAAGAUGAGGUGUUUGCUGCACACCAAAUACGACACGCAGAUUUGAAACCAGUCGUAAUUCAGACCGUGCCAUCCCCUGUUGUGGUUUGUCCUCCGUUGGAGGUGGCAAACGGCAGUAUCAUAUCAGCGCCUUCCGAGGAGGAACGCCCAAUACCCGUGACAGAACAGAUAUUAUUCCCGAGAAAGAAAGAAAUGAACACAGGUUUCCUUACGUUCCAAGACGAAGGACUUACGAUGCUAAAAGACGAGCCGGACGAUCUUACGCAUUUGGCUCCCACGGCUGGAGACACAUGUGUACCAUUGGAAAACAGCUCCUUCUACCCAUUCGAUGAUGAUUUUAUUCUGAGUGACAAUUACUGCAGUCUUUUGGGAGAAGAUUUGGCCAGCACUUCGCCGGUCGAUUCUUUAACUCCAGACUCUCUGUUCCUGUCGUCGCCUGAGCCACAAGAGACUGAAUCAUCAUGCGAACAAUCAUCAUUACUGAACGACUUAUCAUUGGAUGCUUUCGACAGUACAAAGUCAGAUAACGAUAUCGAUGAUGGCAGUUCGCCUUUCAUACCGAUGAACGAUGAGCUCCCUGUAUUGGAAUCGGCAGUCAUGUGGGGUGCCUUGCCCGACAAUGUCAGUCUGGCCAGGCCCCAGCCCUCAGAACAAUACCCGACGACUUCAGCUCCAGCCUUGCAACGCCUACUAGCGGGAUCUACCACGGGCCCGGCACCACAAGAUCUCAUUUCAAAUAUUUACUCAGAUCAAGGUUCAAUACCAAGCCGAACUGUCUCGCCAUGGGACACCGGAGUCAAAAGAGUGAUGAAACAGGAGCAGGAACUUAGCGCGAAGCGCAUGAAGCGCAGCCCUUCGCCGUCCCCAGCGUCUUCUCCUAAACACAGCUCUACCAAACCUUCGUCGAGUGUCCUCAUGAAUCUUCUGGAUGUACAGCAGCAACGCGCCCUGCAGAACAAAGUUCACAUCAACUACCAAAUGGCCAUCAACUCUCAGCAGAACUCUCACUGCAGCAACAUGGCAGUACCCGUCAUCAACAUACAAACUAUUCCCAGACUAACACCAACAAAUGCAGUACCCAACAAUAUUAAAUACAACGUUAUGUCACCGCUCAGCCUGAACAUCGGCAGCCCUAUGUAUUCCCUACCAUCAAGUCCCAACACCCCGAACUACAGCCCUAACAUGAGCCCCGCACAAAAAGAUAGGAUGCUAAGUCCUUAUUCCACACCGCAAUCAUUAUCCCCUGUAGGUCAGUACAUGUAUAGUCCAGGAAAUAGGCUAUCACCGACAGGGUUCAUUCAAGGUAACGACCCCUACUUGACCAAUAAAAUGCAGGCCAGUCCAGCGUUCACCAUUCAACCGGACCUUCUCUUAGAUUCUAGCGUAGGGCUGUCGACAACAGACUUUUGGACCGAUUCAGAAAUGCUGCAAACCAACGAUUUGUUAUCGGCAUUCGAUGAUGUAAAGCUAGCCUAGUCUUGUGUUAUCAAGUGAUUUCUCGUUGGAAAAAUGUAGGACCAUACAAGAAGGCUGCAUGCAUUUAUGUUUGAGGAAAUUCAAACUGCCAUUUUGUAUUUCCCGUUCAUAACUUCCCACAUUCCAGUACAGGAAAUGGAAGGAAUUAUUUUCUCGAUGUAAGUUUCCAAUAGAAAUCACUCGAAUUGAUGCAGGGUUGGUUAGAUAUGGGCGUAUUAAAAGGGAUUCCACACAAAUGCGGUUACCAAACGGACAAUUUUUUAAAAAUAAAAAUUUAUGAAUGAUUUAUAUAUGAGUAUACCUACAGAAAAUAUAAGUAAUCGUCGGCUUAAAUUGUUUUGAAUAGUUUUCAAAUGUUUGAAUAUUUAUUAUAUGGGUAUUCGUGGUACCUACCAUUUGAUUCAGAUUGCUUAUUCCAUAAUAAAAUUGUUUAAUUACUUUUUCUCUUUAUUCUUUUUGCAAAAAUAAUUCAUGUUAAACUUUUUUCAACCUGGUUUUAAUAAUCUGGGUUUUCUUCAUUAUUCUGAAUAUCCUUUCUAUAUGGUAUCACGUUAUUUAGUAAUAUUUUACACGAACAACAUAUUUGAAACUGGUUAUAGAAAUAAACUAUCAUGUUGAUCAUGAAAACAAAACAAUAAACAAACAAUGUAGGGCUAAUAUUGUUUGCGCCACGUCUCCGCUUCUUGUUUUCGUUGAGUUACAUACUUCAAACUAUUCAAAUAGUUUUAAAAAUAGAACAUUGUCACGUGCACAAUCAACUGAUACAUCAAUCAUCGUCAUUUGUUUUCGAAUAGAAACGAUCGCCCUAAGGAUGCUAACUCACUGGGACGCCUCUAUGUAUAUAAUUUGUAAUUGUGGUAUUACUGGCCACAAAUAAUGUGUACAAAUAUAAAAUUAAGAAUAAUAUUUUACGCAACAUUUAUAAUUGUUGCGUAAAAUAUUACUGCAUGCAGACAUUAAACAUUUAUGAAGGUAUUAGCUGCAGUUAAUCAACAGUCAAAUCAAAAGUACAAGGCACGACUAUCUACUUGUUUAUGCAAAAAUUUAUAAUAGCCAAUCAUUUCGGUAAGAUUUUUUUAUACUUUGCCAAGGUGUUCCAGUGAGGUAGCGCCCUUAAUUUCAACAGUAGUUGGAUUCUAAUAUGUACUUAUUUCUCUAUCAAUCAAAUUGACCGAAUUAUGAAGCAAUAUUUAGUAAACAUACAAGUUUACGUUACUGAUGUACAUAAAACAUUGACCGCAUACACAUAACAGUUUUAAAAAAUUGAAUGGAAAAAAUUGGUCAGACAUAAAAAUCAAGCAUAUCAUCAACCUAAUAAAAUCGAUACAACAAAAUCGAUUUUAUUAGGUUGAUCGCCCGACAUGUUGAUUAUAGAAAAUGGUAGUUCCAGUAUCCACCACAGAAAAUAUAAAUUACGGCGCCAGCCAAGCCAACUAGCAAUAUUUUGCUUCCAACACAUCUUAGCUUUUGAAGAAAUCUAUUGCACUGCAGAAGAAGCCAACGGCGCUUCUUAAAUAAACAUCUGAACUUUUGAAGAAGCUAUCGUUAGCGGCUGAUGCUAGUUUCUAAGGCGUUUUUAUUUCAUCAUUAUUUUUUUUAAUUAGUGGAAUCCCUUAUAUUAUCAACGAUGUGACUUAGUUACAGUAUAUAUUGAGAAUUAAUUAUAUAUCUUAAUAUAACAUGUUUUGUACGGAAACAUAUAGUUUUAAGGGUGGAAUCUAAGCUAAAUGACUAAUCUUAAGGAAUGAAUAAAUAUUAUUAUAUUUUGGCUUUUUAAGCCUACUGUAACGUUGCAUUUAGCCAACUUAUAAAUAGCAUGGCUAAAUGUUUGGUUAAUGAUUUGGAACUUUUUUAAGCAAAUGAAAAUAAAAGAAACUAAAAAAAUGAACACCCCCAACUGCAGUCCUCGAUGAUUUAAAGGCUUUUUUCAAAAUUCAAAGCACCUUUUCGUUAAAUUUUUAAAGUAAUAUUCCGUCCGCCUAACUAUCACUUUUAUAUAUUUUUAAUUUUCCCGGAGUUUGCGAUAAACCGAUUCUGGAAAUUGUGUUUUAAAGCAUUCAAAUUUUACUUCACAAAAAAGACUUUAGUAAGCUCAUUGUAAAAAGAGAGAUGUAUUACAUGGUACAUGUGAACUGUGUAGAUACUCAUAUAAAAAAAUCAUAACAAUAUAGAUCAGAUCAUUAUUUGCUUACACAUGAUUUUAUUCGUUGGGGGAUUAUAAAAAAAAAUACUAGAGUUGGAUUGGACUAUGAAUUAUGAAAAUUGGCAUAUUGAAUAAGCAGUAUAACAUGUAUUUAGUUUUUUCAGUACUACCUAUAAUUUUAUCUGUUCUACAAAUUUAAUUUUAUUUUGUUAAGUAUAUGAGGGCUAAUUAAGGUAUGAAUUAUAAUUUACGAUCAAAAAUUAUAUACUCAUUUAGAUAAGUAACAAUUUUACAUAAUUCCAUUUUGAUUGUCAUAUUUCCUGUAUAUUAUUUCUAUAAAAUAAUAUUUUCUUGCAUAUAUUUAUAUAUAUAUUUCCUAUUGAUACGCACAUUAUUUUUUGUUUAUAAAAAUUUCGAAUGUAACAAUACAAUUAUAGUGCCCGGCACUUUUGUUGAACCAUGCUCAGGGCAUGUGUACAAAUGAAGUUCAGAUUAAAUUACGGGUACGGUACAAGAGGUGACCUUAAACCUCAUGACAAAAGCCUAUAGUCCAAGAUCCCAGAGCCGUAAGACACAACUUAUUUUCUAAAGAAUGGAUCUUUCGAUUCUCAGUAGUCUUUCAUGUACUUUUAAUACCUGCAUGUUUGUGAGACUUGCCCGGUGACACCUGCGCAGGUACCAGGCGAGAAAGGGAACUAAAAAUCACAGUUACUUAACUUAAAUUUUUAUGACUGAUUUUUAUAUAUAUUUUAUAGACUAUUACUAUGAAGUCAUAUCAGAGAAGUCAGACGCUUUCCAUGCGCCAGAACUUUUGUCAGACGCUUUAAAGCUCUAUCAAAAAAAAAUUAACUUAAUUUAUUUUUAAAUGUCUGACUUUUAUAUAUGUAAUUCAGAUAACUAUUACAAAGUUGUAUUAAAUCAGUCAGACAGUUUGUAAUGACCAAACACCCCUUAAACACAAGAAUUACUCAGCCUCGAGUAUGAGCGCGAUAGCACAAUGCGCAUGCGCGUCAGAGUAAAAUAUCUAAUAUUUGAAAAGUGCUUACUGUUUUCAAUUUCAUAUUUUUGCAUAUCUAUUCAAAUACGAUGAAAUUUAUAAUUAAAAUAAUAAUUAAUCAUUUUUAAAAUAAUAUAAUAUAUUGCAUACUAGCUGUUGCCCGCGACGUCGUCCGCGUAAAGUUCGAGUUGAAUCUUAAUCAUACAGUCUGAUACAGACAGACAAAAAAUGUAAAAAAAAAUUCUCUAUUUGUUUCAGUCAAAAUAUUAAAUGUACAGACAAAAUAUUUUUACCGUAUGAUUAUAUGUAGUAUUUUGAUUUUCAGUUUUUUUAAUAAAUACUCAAACAACACAAAAAAAACAUUUUUAAUAAAAAUUAAGUUAUUGUUGGGACUCGAACUCGGACCGCCAACUUCACAGUCUCACGCGCUAACCACUGGACCAUCGAAGCCGUUGCAGUGGUGUCGAAAUUAAAGUAGACUACAUACAUAUGGUCACGUCUAUAUCCCUUGCGGGGUAGACAGAACCAACAGUCUUGAAAAGACUAAAUGGCCACGUUCAGCUAUUUGGCUUAAUGAUUCAAAUAGUGAUAGGUUGCUCGCCCAUCGCAUAAAAAAGAAUCCCAAGUUUGUAAGCCUAUCCUUUAGUCGCCUUUCACUUAUAUUUAUAUGUUAUAGGUUUACUAUUACUAUACUAUUUUUUAAUUGUUUAUGAUUUUAUUUUUACGGAAAAUUCUGCCAGCAACGACAAUCUAACUGAUGAUGAGGACGAUGACUUGAGUGGACAGUAUAGAGAUUUAAUAAAUGAUGAAAAUUCAAAUGAUUAUUUUGAUGAUGAAGAUGAUAAAGAGACAAUAAAAUAAUUUUUCAAUUGAUUAAUCAUAAUUAAUUAUUUUUUUAUUGAAAUUAUUAUAAUAGAUAUAUUUUUUUAAAUAAAAUAAAAAUCAUUCUUUUUGAAGGCUAUUGCUACAAAAAAAAUCAUUUUCCCCUAUUUAUAUGCAAUAUAUUAUAUUAUUUUAAAAAUGAUUAAUUAUUAUUUUAAUUAUAAAUUUUAUCGUAUUUGAAUAGAUAUGCAAAAAUAUGAAAUUGAAAACAGUAAGCACUUUUCAAAUAUUAGAUAUUUUACUCUGACGCGCAUGCGCAUUGUGCUAUCGCGCUCAUACUCGAGGCUGAGUAAUUCUUGUGUUUAAGGGGUGUUUGGUCAUUACAAACUGUCUGACUGAUUUAAUACAACUUUGUAAUAGUUAUCUGAAUAACAUAUAUAAAAGUCAGACAUUUAAAAAUAAAUUAAGUUAAUUUUUUUUUGAUAGAGCUUUAAAGCGUCUGACAAAAGUUCUGGCGCAUGGAAAGCGUCUGACUUCUCUGAUAUGACUUCAUAGUAAUAGUCUAUAAAAUAUAUAUAAAAAACAGUCAUAAAAAUUUAAGUUAAGUAACUGUGAUUUUUAGUUACCUUUCUCGCCUGGUACCUGCGCAGGUGUCACCGGGCAAGUCUCACAAACAUGCAGGUAUUAAAAGUACAUGAAAGACUACUGAGAAUCGAAAAAUCCAUUCUUUAGAAAAUAAGUUGUGUCUUACGGCUCUGGGAUCUUGCUCUACUACUCUGAUUGAGCCCAGUAUAAUAAGUUUCUGCGGGUCAGUCGAAAAAAAUAACAAAUAUUAACUUUACCAAUAUUCUCUUUAAUCAAACGGAAAUCUUUCAAUGAUUUUGUAAAGAAUAGAGCGAAUUGUUAACAUUUUUGUUAUUACUCAUUGUCGUGGAAACGAUAAAACUGCGCACUCGAAUACUUUUAUUUAUUUUUCUCUAUCACUUCCGUGUGAGAAGUAUCUUAUUCAUCUAAUAUUCUGUUACUAUAAACUUUGUGUGGGAUACAUUCAGUGGCGAUCUUUAUUCUGCAUUAAUAUUUUCUUAGCCUUUGCUAUCUAGCUAGCUAUCUGGUGGCCCUGAUGAAAACCACGUCGGCACUGGAGGGCACUACAUAUCUCCAAAAUACGAUCCUUUUGUUAUUCAGCCAUUCAUCAGACAUGGUUAUAGAAACUAAUACCGGAGUGUCGAGUAAUAAUUGAUAGUGUUGUAUACUUUCAUUCACAUUUCCGUUAAAUGAAUUCUGGCUGAAUCAUUGGCAUUCAUUUCAAAGCAAAUGUAUUUUUUCCCACCUAAGUUACCACAGUUGUAUCAGACACGAAUUUGAGUUUCAUCGGAUGGUUACAAUAUGGAAAACAAUGAGCCUUUUUCUACACGCUAAGUACAAUUAUGAAGUUAUGUCACCGUAAUGCAAUGUUUUCUCUCAAAUCUCGUUAGAUUUUAUAUAAUUUUUAAUUUGUAAGGUUAACCCCGUUGGGAUUAUAACGUACGUUGGAUGAUGUUGUAUUCGUUGUUAUAAGUGUGUAUAUUGCAUAUGAGAAGCGUAAUAUAGAUGUUAAUUUGUACUAAUUUUAUGGGUGAAUAGAUGGGUACAUAGGUCUUACAAUACAAAUGAAAAUAAAGUAAAAAAAAUAAAUAGCAGCCAAUAUUACUUUUGACAACUUGUAUCGAUCUGUGGUUAAAAAAAAAAUUGUUGCAUUAAUAUAACUGUACCUCGUCAAAUGUAACCUUGUUAUUUUGUGCAAUGUUUUUAGUACUGCGUGUUUGUAACUACAUGUGCCUACCACAUAAGUUAAUUAACUUUAUCUGUAUUAAGAAAUCAUACUGCCAAUUUUACUUGACUACUUUUUAAUGUUCUGUCAUUAUUUUAUAGUGAAUAUCUUGAGUCCGCACUCGUGCCAUUAUGUCACCAUUUAUAAAAAAAAAUGAGAAUUCUAUAAAACUGAAACCAUACAAAAUUAUAUAAUGAAUUGUAAAUAAUAAAUCAGAUUGUUUAUAUAGAUAUUUCGAUAUUAAAUUACUAUCAUUGGAA